AGAGAGAGAGAGAGAGAGAGAGAGAGCCCCGGUGUGGUGCUUCAUACACAGAGAGCUCCUGCUGUGUCAGCGCUUUGACUACAUUAUAUUACAUUAACGGGAUGACGGAGAGUCUCUUUACGGUCCUCGGACCUUCAGCGUCGCCGUUUGAUGUCGAACAGCCGAGUUACGACACUUUAAAGCGGCUUUACUGUAGGAACGGAGGACACUUUCUGCGCGUGUUGCCCGGAGGAGCGGUGGAAGGAAUCCGGCAAGAGAACGACGCAUAUACUCUUCUAAAGGUGAAAGCCGUGAGUGCAGGCGUGGUGAUCAUCAGAGGUCAGGAGGCGGGACGUUACCUGGCCAUGGACAGAAAUGGAAAGCUUUAUGGCACUGUGAGUUUGGGCUCCCUGCUGAAUGAUGAGUGCUAUUUCAUGGAGAAGAUGGAGGAGAACCACUACAACACGUACAGUUCACACAAGCAUCAGGAGCACGGGGUCUGGUACAUCGGCAUCAAGAAAAAUGGCCAGAUGAAAAGAGGUCCGAAGACCCACAGGGGAGAGAAUGCUGUCUACUUCCUGCCCAUUUCUGCACAGUGAUCACGUUCUGAUCACGUUCAUCUUAAAUCAAGAAACAUUUUAUUGUUGAAAAAAUGUUAUUGUUUUAAUUUAUAUAAUAAUUUAAAUAAAUAGAAAAUAAGAGUAAUUUUAUGUAUAAGCUUAUUAAAUCACACUUUGUGUAAUAUUGUAAAUUUUCCCUUUGUGCUAUUGUACAUU